AACGCGGUGCGCUAGUACGAGGCAGGCCCUGUUGUGCGAGAGAGCGGAGCAGAAUGUCUUCCGUUACAGCGACCGUCCGCCAGGGAGCUCUGCGGGGAAAGGUCACCACCACUCACACUGGCAAGACGUAUUACAGCUUCCAGGGCAUUCCUUACGCCAAGCCGCCGGUUGGCCCGCUCAGGUUCAAGCCACCUGAACCCGCGGAGCCAUGGACCGGAGUGAGAGACGCCACCAAGGAAGGCAAUGUGGCCCCUCAGUUCAGUGAUACCACGCAGCAGUACAUGGGGGACGAAGACUGCCUCUUCCUCAACGUCUACACACCUCAGAUGCCGAGAGAUAGCAGCGGCGCCCUGACACCGGUGAUGGUGUGGAUCCAUGGCGGCGGUUACACGGUCGGCUCUGGGAACACCGACAUGUACGGCCCUGACUACCUGCUCGAGCACGGUGUCGUCGUGGUCACGCUCAACUACCGUCUCGGCGUCCUGGGUUUCAUGAGUACGGGUGAUUCGGUUGUCACCGGCAACAUGGGACUCAAAGAUCAAGUUAUGGCCCUCCGCUGGGUCAAGGACAAUAUUUCUGCCUUCGGUGGAGACACCGACAACAUCACGAUAUUCGGCGAGAGCGCUGGUAGCAGGGCCUGUCAUCUGCACGUCCUGUCACCAAUGGCCAAAGGCCUGUUCCACCGCGCCAUCUGCCAGAGCUCGGUGGCGUCACGCGGCAGCCUAGACGCGCCGGUGGCGGAGCGUACGUUCCGGCUGGCGCACCACAUGGGGCUGAAGCAGGGCGCCUCUUCAGAGGAGCUGCUGGCCUUCAUGAGGGAGGUCCCCGCCAGGAAGCUGGUCGAGGAGAUGAUGCACUGUCGCUCCCAGAAGGACAAGACGUUGCAAGAAAUGUUCCCUUUCCGGCCGACGCUGGAGCCGGCGGGCGCUGAAGGCACACUGAUAACUGAAGACCCGGCAGACAUCAUAAGCAGCGGCCAGUUCACCCCCGUGCCCAUCAUAUUCGGUGUCACGUCGCAGGAAGGCUUAAUCUACGCCGGCGUGCUGGGCAAGAAGGACGCGUGGCGCGACCUGAACGCCAACUUCGAUGCGCUGGUUCCGUCCACGGCAGCGGCGACACCAGACGAGAAGCGGGCGGCCGCGCAGGAAAUCCGCCGCUUCUACUUGGGAGACCGGCCGCUAGGCGACGACACGUUCUUGCAGUAUGCGCAGUUACGAGGAGACUACUAUUUCGUGUACACAGCGCUGGAAGUCACCAGGUUGCAUGCUUCAGUCCCUGCAGCGCAACCCGUCUACUUCUAUUUCUUCGAUGUCGAAACGAAGCUAAACAUUUUCAAGAUGAUGUUCGGAGCCUCGAAAUACAAAGGAGCGGCUCACGCUGAUGAUAUCCCGUACCUGUUUCGUUUUGGACUCCUCAACCCCAGCCCACCGAAUAGUGUGGAGGGAAGGGUCAUCGCCAGAAUGACUAAACUUUGGACCAAUUUCGCUAAGACUGGGAAACCAACACCAGGAGGCGAUGAGAUUAUCUCUGUAACUUGGCCUGCAGUGAGUGCGGACCACUGCCAAUACCUGGAGAUAACGAACGAUGGACUUGCAAUCAAGGAAAAUUUGUUCAAGGAGAGGAUGGAUUUCUGGGAUGCGCUGCAUAAAAAGAAAGCUGGUGUUAAGUCAUCUUCGUAACGUCACUCACCAAAAGCUGUCAAUAAUGCGCACUGAAAAGGAAACUUGCACCUUUACGGAACAGAGGAACGCGGUAUCUGCAUUUGUAUUCAGGGUUCAAGAAAGUGUGUGCGGUGCCGUAUGUUGAAUUAUGGUGUAAUUAUGUGUAAUUAUUACCGACAGUAUUCCUUCAUUAUCUUAUAAAAUACUUUGAAACUUGUAAACCACUGCGAAAAAUAAACUGCUUAUGUUGGUAGAAUA